AUGAUGCCCACCCUGAAGCCGAAGCAUCGCCCCUUCUGCUUCAGCGUAAAAGGCCACGUGAAGAUCCUAAGGCUGGCGCUAAGUGUGACAUCCAUGACCUUUUUUAUCAUUGGACAAGCCCCUGAACCAUACAUUGUCAUCACUGGAUUUGAAGUUACUAUUAUUUUCUUUUUCAUAAUUUUAUAUAUACUGAGACUUGAUCGAUUAAUAGCCUGUUUAUUUUGGCCUUUGCUUGAUAUCCUCAACGCAGUAAUAGCAGCAAUAUUCAUGGUAAUUAUAUCUGUGUUGGCACUGUUACCAGAAACCACAAGAGUUAUAGCCCUUGGAGGGGUGUUUGGAAUCCUGGCGGGAGUGUGCUGUAUUGCUGACGGGGUCCUUAUUUACCGGAAGCUUCUAUUUAAUCCAAGUGGUCCUUAUCAGAAACAGGCUAUUCAUGACAAAAUAUAAGUUUUGUAAUUUUAUAUUACUCUUUAGUUGAUGCUAAGUAUUAAGUAUAUUAAAUGUAUUUAUUAUUUAAAAAAAAAAAAAAA